CCUGCUCGUUAUGUGCCGUCAGCCCCGGUCUUGGCAAGUCUGCCUUAGAAACACGAGUGGUCUUUGCCAUUUUUCUUCCCCAUUCGUUUUUCUUGGCGAAGGUUUUCAUAGGAACGCAAUUUCGGGGCAAGCAGGGACCUCAGAGGUCACGUUGUCCAACUCUCUACCUGACCAGGAUGCCCAGUGGUCGUCCGUCUUGUGAACCAAAGACCUGAGGGAGCCUCUUGCUUCCUACGGCAGUCAGUCCGCUGUAUGUGGACGGACCCUCUGAGAAUUCUGCCCUGUGUUGGGAAGCCCUUUGCUGUCCUCAGGCAUCGGCCCAGCAGAACCCGGGGAGCUCUUACAUGGUUCUCAGGUGUGUCAGCCCACUCAUUCCUCCACUGUUUCACCAUGGGCAGUGCCGCCUUCAACCUGCAAGUGGCCACACCAGGGGGCAAGGCCAUUGACUUUGUGGGCGUGAAUGACAGCAGCAUGCGCUGGAUCCAGGACUUCCGCAUGAAGGCCUACGCCAGCCCCGCCAAGCUGGAGUCCAUCGACGGUGCCAGGUACAAUGCCCUGCUGAUCCCCAGCUGUCCUGGGGCACUGACUGACCUUGCCAACAGUGGGUACUUGGCCAGGAUCUUGGAGCACUUCAGCACUGAGCAGAAGCCCAUCUGUGCCGUGGGGCAUGGCGUGGCUGCCCUCUGCUGUGCCACGAAGGAGGAUAAGUCUUGGGUGUUUCAGGAUUAUAGCAUGACUGGACCCUCUGUGUGCGAGCUCAUCCGACAGCCUGGCUUUGGCCACCUGCCCAUCAUCGUGGAAGACUUUGUGAAGGAUGCUGGGGCCAGCUUCAGUGCCAGCCAGCCAGAUGCCGUGCACGUGGUCCUGGAUCGGCACCUGGUCACAGGCCAGAACGACGCCUCCACAGUCCUGGCGGUGCAGAACCUGGCGUUCCUGUGUGGCAGCAGGAAGUGAGUGGAGACCUUAGCUGUGGCUUCAGGAGGCGAGACCAAUGAUUCCUUCGUCCUGUGGAGCUGCCUGGGUGGAUGCAGCUUCAGCCGAGCCCCUCCCUGGGGGGAUGGGGGGGCAUCCAGCGCCACUGAAAGUCGCCCACCCCAGCGCUCCUUUUUCAUCUGGGUGCUUCCCCUUCGAAAGCUGAACCCACCCAUCCCCCCUUUCCCUGCAUGUGCUCCUUUGAGCCCAGGAGAGCUGCCAGGGGCUCUGGAGAUGACCCUGCCACGUGCUCUGUGCCCUGGUUGGAGUUGCUCCCGUCCCUGGCCACUCAGGCCUUCUCAGAAUAGCUGACCCAGCGCUAGGGCACUGGGGCCUUGGCUGGGCCAGGCUCACGCACACACAUCAAUAAAAGGAAAAUGAGCAACCA